GCUCGCCGACGCGUCUGGGAACCAAAAGCUCUCCGGAUCACCUCUCUCUCCCUCUCCUCAGGCUGAGAGUCUGCAACAGAGAUUACUCAUUUUAUUUUUUUAUUUCUUUAAACCAAAGCAGAGAAAUUCGACAGUCUUCUCCAUAGCCUCCUUCAUGUGCUGCUGGCCGGAGGAAGAAUAAGAAGAUGAAGAGCAGGAUGUUUGUGGCGGCGGCUGCCCUCCUGGCACUGCUGCUGUCCUCCUCUCAGGCACAGGAUCAAGUGGGCCCUCCGUCAGACUUGAGGUUUAGGAUUUUAAAUGAGAAAACAGUGCAAAUGAUUUGGAGCAAACCCCAGUCGAGGAUACAGGGCUACAGAAUACAAGUGACCUCGGACACAGAAGAACCAACGAGAGAAUUCAGUCUGCCGGCAUCUGUGAGUAAGACCUCCAUCUCAGACCUGACUCCAGAUGUGGAUUACACCGUAACGAUACAGUCGUACGCUGGAUCAGAGGAGAGUCUGCCCAUCUCCGGCCAAAUUACACUGGAGUCGACUGGCGGCACGAGAGGGACCAAACCAGACGCUUCAGAAUCAGUCAAAUGCUCUGCCAGUGCCAUCGCCGACGUGGUCUUCCUGGUGGACGGUUCCUGGAGCGUCGGCCGGCCGAACUUCAAAUUCGUCCAAAAGUUUAUCUCGGCGGUGGCCGGAGCCUUCCAGAUCGGAGCGGAGCGGACGCGGGUCGCCGUGGUCCAGUACAGCACCGACUCCAGGACAGAGUUCAACCUGAAGCAGCACCUGACCCGGCCCACGCUGCUCAGAGCCAUCGCUGCGCUGGAGUACAAGGGAGGAAACACCCGGACAGGCGAUGCGCUCGAAUACCUCCUGAAGAACUCCUUCACUGAGGCGGCCGGUGCCAGGACGGCUUUUCCCAAAGUGCUGGUGAUCAUAACGGACGGCAAAUCUGAGGAUCCCGUGGAGAGCUACGCCCGGCAGCUGAGGAGCAGAGGGGUGGAGAUCUUUGUCCUCGGCGUCCAGCAGGCAAACGAAGACCAGAUGAACCUCAUGGCCUCCGAGCCUCACAGGAGUCACAUCUACAGCGUCGCCGACUUCAACCUGAUCAAGAGCGUGCAGAGCGAGCUCAUCACUCAGGUGUGCGCUGGGGUCGACAAUCAACUCAACUCACUCGUCAGCGGAGAAGAAGUUGUCGAGCGGGCCUCCAACCUCCAAGUCCUGGAGUUGGCAUCAAAGUCGAUGCGGUUGACCUGGGACGCGUCCCUCGGAGAGGUUACCGGAUACAAGGUGCAGAUGAUCCCGAUGAUGGCCGGGAGCAAGCGGCAGGAGCUUUAUGUGGGCCCGACGCAGACCUACGUUUUGGUCCGAGACCUCUCCCCAGACACGGAGUACGAGAUCAGUCUGUUCGCCCUGAACGGCCUGAUGCCCAGCGAGCCCAUCAGCCUCAUGCAGAAGACGCAGCCUGUCAAAGUGUCGCUGGAGUGUUCUCUUGGCGUUGAUGUGCAAGCCGAUGUGGUCCUCCUGGUCGACGGUUCCUACAGCAUCGGUCUGGCUAACUUUGCCAAAGUGCGAGCGUUCCUGGAGGUGCUGGUCACCUCCUUCGACAUCGGGCCGGAUAAGGUCCAGAUCAGCUUGGUCCAGUACAGCAGGGACCCUCACACCGAGUUCUACCUAAGCACUCACCACGACCAGGGCGCCGUGGUCAAGGCGGUGAGGACGUUCCCGUACCGCGGCGGCUCCACCAACACCGGCCGGGCCAUGACCUACGUGAGAGAGAAGAUCUUCCAGGCCAACAGAGGGGCGCGACCCAACGUCCCGCGAGUCAACAUCCUGAUCACGGACGGGAAGUCCUCCGACGCCUUCCGCGAGCCGGCCACCAAGCUGAGGAACGCCGACGUGGAGAUUUUCGCGGUGGGCGUUAAGGACGCCGUGCGAUCCGAGCUGGAGGCUAUCGCCAAUGAGCCCGCGAGCACCCAUGUGUACACCGUGGAGGACUUUGACGCCUUCACCAGGAUCUCCAAAGAACUCACGCAGUCCAUCUGCCUGAGGAUCGAGCAAGAGCUCCGCAACAUCAUCCAGAGACGCCUGACCCAGCCCCGGGCCCUCUCCUUCUCCGAGGUCGGCUCCCGGAGCUUCAGGGCAGCGUGGGAGAUCGACGCCACCGACGUGGAGUCCUACCUGGUCCGGUUCAGGCCGGCGAACAGCGACGACGGGCACUACGUGUCCAUGUCUGUCCCCGGGGAGACGCUCACCACCGUCCUCCCCCACCUCACCCCGCUCACCCGCUAUGAAGUCAACGUUCAAGCUCAGUACGACAAAGGGAACAGCCUGCCUGUGACCGGCUAUGAGACCACUUUAGAAGAACAAGGCUCUGUGCAGAACCUGAGAGUCUCCGAAGAGACCACGGACAGCUUCAGAGUGUCAUGGCAGCCGGCUCCAGGAGACGUCACUCGCUACAAGUUGACAUACGAACCUGUAGGAGACGACAGAUCGAGGAUAGAGACGACCACCGCUGGCAGAGAGACGUCCAUCGUGCUGCAGGAGCUUCAGCCUACAACCAAGUACCGUGUCACCGUCACACCUGAAUAUAGAUCCAACUCUGGGGUGCCACUGGAGACUGAGGGCACCACCAAAGAAGCCAAAGGAUCCCCCCGUGACCUGAGGGUGUUCGAGGAGACCGUGUCCUCCAUGAAGGUUUCCUGGGAGCCGGCUCCUGGUGGUGUGUUGCAGUACCGUGUGGCGUUCCAACCCUCCGCCGGCGGCCCCAGGAAGGAGAUGGCGGUGAAGGGCAACAACAGGGCGACGCUGCUGAAGAACCUGCAGCCGGGGACCCAGUACGACAUCUCCAUCAGCGCCCGAUACCCGUCCGGCAUGGGCGACGCCCUGGAGGGACAGGGCACCACGCUAGAAGAGGUGGGUCCUCCUAAAAACCUGGUCACCAGCGACGUGACCGAAUCCAGCUUUGCGGCGUCCUGGACGGCGGCUCCCGGGAACGUGAAGAUGUACCACGUCCGAUGGAAGUCGCUGUUCUCGGCAGAAGUCAGAGACAAGACAGUGCCGGGAGACGUGACCGACACGGUGCUGGAGGGGCUGAGUCCGGAGACGCUCUACCAGGUUUCUGUGGUCGCCGCCUACGAGGAGAGAAACAGCGACCAACUACUCGGGCAGGAAACCACCGACGCCUCUGCUGCCGGAAAGAGGCUGGCGGUGUCGGAGGAGACCGAGCGAACCAUGAGAGUCUCGUGGACGCCGGCGCCGGGCAAAGUGGCACACUACCGGCUAAAGUACGCUCCGAUUGACGGGGGGGAGGGAAUGAUCGUGAAGAUCCCCGGGACCAGCAAAUCCACGGUCAUGAAGCGCCUGCAGCCCACCACCACCUACAACAUCACCGUGCACCCCAUCUACAAGCGCGGGGAAGGAAAAGCAAGGCAAGGAGUAGGAACGACACUGUCGCCCUACAAGGCUCCCAGGAACCUGCUGACCUCAGAGCCCACUAAGACCAGUUUCAGGGUCUCCUGGGAUCCAGCUCCCGGAGAAGUGAAGGGAUAUAAGGUGACGUUUCACCCCGACGGGAAUGAUAUCGACCUGGGGGAGCUGCUUGUCGGUCCCUACGAUAACACCGUCGUUCUAGAGGAACUGAGGGCGGGAACAAAGUACUCUGUGGCCGUGUUUGGGAUGUUUGACGGGGGGGAGAGUGUUCCUCUGGCGGGGGAGGAGAACACCACCCUCAUGGACGACCCCGACUCGCUUCCCGUCGAACCCUCUGACACUAAGUGUAAGACCACAGCUAAGGCCGACGUGGUGCUGCUGGUCGACGGCUCCUGGAGCAUCGGGCGUAUCAACUUCAAAACCAUCCGCAACUUCAUCGCUCGCAUGGUCAGCGUGUUCGACAUCAGACCUGAGCGAGUGCAGAUCGGUCUGGCUCAGUACAGUGGAGACCCAAAGACCGAGUGGCACCUGAACACCUAUAGCACCAAGGCCUCUCUGCUGGACGCCAUCGCCAACCUGCCGUACAAAGGAGGCAACACCAUGACAGGGAUGGCUCUGAACUACAUCCUGCAGAACAACUUCAAAGCCAACGUGGGGAUGCGUGAAGAUGCCCGAAAAAUCGGCGUCCUGAUCACUGACGGAAAGUCUCAGGACGAAAUCGUGUUCACCUCGCAGAACCUAAGAGACAGCGGCAUCGAGCUCUACGCAGUCGGUGUGAAGAACGCCGACGAGGGCGAGUUGAGGACCAUCGCCUCCGACCCCGACGACAUCCACAUGUACAACGUCAACGACUUCAAGUUCCUGGUGGACAUCGUGGACGAGCUCACCGUCAACCUCUGUAACAGCGUCAAGGGCCCAGGUGGUGAACUGGAGGCGCCCACUAACCUGGUGACCUCGGAGGUGACCCACAGCUCCUUCAGGGCCACCUGGACGGGCCCCGACGGCCCCGUGGACAAGUACCGGGUCACCUACUGGAAGGUGACGGAAGACUUAAUGCAGGAGCUGCUAGUGGACAGCUCGGUGAACACCGUGGUGCUGUCAGGUCUGAGUCCUCUGACCGAAUACCUCGUCAACGUCCACUCCGUGUUGGAAGAAGUGAGCAGCGAGCCUCUGAAGGGCACCGAGACCACCUUGCCGCUGUCAGCCGUGAAGAACAUGAAUGUUUACCUUGAGACCUCGACCACCAUGAACGUGAGAUGGGAGGCGGCGGGGGGAGCGAGCGGCUACAUGCUGCUGUACAGAGCCACCAACGCCACCGAGCCUCAGAUGGAGAAGGAGGUUCGUGUUGGAGGAGAAGCGACCGACGUCCAGCUGGUGGAGCUGAUUCCCGACACGGCGUACUCCAUCAGUCUUUACGCUCUGUAUGAAGAGGCAGUCAGCGACCCUCUGCAGGGGACAGGAGUCACCUUGCCGGUGCCUCCCGCCGGCGUCCUCACCAUCACGGACGUCACUCACAGCACCAUGAGGCUCCGCUGGGACCCCGCGCCCGGAGCCGUACGCAAAUACAUGGUGACCUACAAACCGGAGGAGGGAGACCUGCUGGAGGUGGAAGUCGACGGGAACAUCGUCACGCUGGAUCUGUCCAGCCUCAUCUCCCAGACGGAGUACGACGUGGCCGUCACCCCCAUGUACGACGAGGGUCAAGGGAACCCGAUGCUGGGGACCGCCAUCACAGACGUUGUUCCGGCUCCAAAGGACCUGCAGUUCUCCGAGGUGACCCAGACCUCCUUCAGGACCACAUGGCAGCACGGGGCCCCGGACGUGGCCCUCUACCGCAUCGGCUGGAACAAGAAGGGGGAGCAGAACCCCCAGUUUGCCAUCCUGAACAGCGACGAGACGUCUCACGUCCUGCAGAACUUGGACCCGGACACCGAUUACUCCGUCACCGUCACGGCCAUCUACCCGGACGAGUCCGAGAGCGAGGACCUGAUGGGCGACGAGCGAACACUGUUAGACGCUCCGAAGGUGCCCGCUGAGCCUCCCAAAAACCUGAGGGUCUUUAACGCCACCACCUCCUCGCUGUCGCUGAAGUGGGACCCGGCCCCCGGCACCGUGCAGAACUACAAGAUCAUCUACAAACCCGUCACCGGAGGAGAGCCGCUCACAACGCAGGUUGGCGGGAAGAAGACGAGCAUGAUCCUGCAGAAGCUGGAGCCUGACACUCAGUACUCCAUCACCGUGGCCGCCGUGUAUCCCACCGGAGUCAGCAAAGACCUCUCCGGAGAGGGCCAGACCAAGCCUCUGGGGGGGGUGAGGAACCUGCAGGUGUUGAACCCCACCAUGACAACGCUGAACGUGCGCUGGGAGGCGGCUGAGGGCCGAGUGAAGGAGUACAAAGUUAUCUACGUCCCCGCUGCAGGAGGAGCUGAGACCAUGGUAGGACUGGAGACAGUGUCUGCAGGAACCACCAGCACCGUGCUGCGCAGCCUGCAGCCCGACACCCUGUACUCCGUCGCCCUGGUUCCUGUUUACCCUGGAAGAGACGGGAAGACCAUGACCGAGAACGGGAGGACAAGACCUCUUGGAGGGGUGAAGAACCUGCGUGUGACCGACCCCACCAUGACCUCUCUGAAGGUGAACUGGGACCCCGCCGAUGGAGCCGUCCGACUCUACAAGGUCUUCUUCGUUCCUACCGCCGGAGGCCGAGAGGAGAUGGAGCAAGUCCCGGCAGGAACCACCAACAUCAUCCUGAGGAACCUGCUGUCCGACACGCCGUACACCGUGUCCGUGUUACCGGUGUAUCCCGCCAGAGAGGGCAAGCGCCAGUCAGAGAACGGGAAGACGCUGCCGUUGAGCGGAGUGGGCAACAUGCAGGUGAUUGACCCGACCAUCACCAGCCUGACUGUGAGCUGGAAUCCGGCUGACGGGAACGUUCAGGGGUACAAAGUGAUCUACUCCCCCGUGGACGGAGGACAGGAUGUCGUGGAGCAAGUGUCAGAGAGCACCACUAAGACGGUGCUGGACAAGCUGCUGCCGGACACUGCCUACACCGUCACCGUGGUGCCCGUCUACGCCGAGGGAGACGGACCGAGCCUCAGCGACGUCGGAAAGACAAAGCCGCUGGGCUAUGCGAGGAACCUGCAGGUGACCGACCCGACGACCAGCACCCUGAACGUCCGCUGGGAGCCGGCCGAGGGAACCGUCCGGGAGUACAUCGUUAUCUGGGUGCCCGCCGCCGGGGGAGAGCAGGAAGUGGACCAGGUGUCAGGAACCACCACUUCCACCGUGCUGAAGAGCCUGGAGCCCAACACCGAGUACACUGUCUCCGUGGUGCCCGUCUACCACGAGAUGGAGGGCUUGUCCAUGUCCGCCAACGGGAAGACCAAUCCUCUGGGUGGAGUGAAGAACCUGAAGGUGAUCGACCCGACCAUCAGCUCUCUGACGGUGCGCUGGGAUCCCGCCGUCGGAAACGUUCGCAGCUACAAAGUCUUCUACACCGCCGAACCAGAGGGAGAGGAGAAGAUGGAGGAGGUGUCCGGAGGAACCACCACCACCAUCCUGAGGAACCUGGAGUCCGACACCGUCUACAACGUGGCUGUGGUUCCCAUCUACCCCGAUGUGGAGGGCAUCCGUCAGGCGGAGAAGGCAAAGACAAAGCCUCUCGGAGGAGUGAAGAACCUGCAGGUGACCGACCCCACCACCAACUCUCUGAGGGUCCGCUGGGAGCCGGCGGAGGGCGACGUGAGGCAGUACCAGAUCAUCUACGUCCCAGCCGGAGGGGGGGCUGAGAGCAUGACUCAGGUUUCUGGCAUGUCGACCAACACGGUGCUGAGAGACCUGCAGCCGGACAUCGAGUACAAAGUGACCCUGGUGCCCAUUUACGCCGACGUGGAGGGGAAACGAGCAACCGAGAACGGAAAGACAAAGGCUCUGGGCGGGACGAAGAAUCUGCAGGUCACCGACCCCAGCACCAGCUCUCUGAAGGUGAGCUGGGAGCCGGCGGAGGGAAACGUCCGGCAGUAUCGCAUCUUCUACGUCCCUGCAGCCGGAGGAGCGGAGGACAUGGAGCAGGUGUCAGGCGGCACCACCAACACCGUCCUGAGGAACCUGCUGUCGGACACUCCCUACACCGUGGCCGUGGUCCCUGUUUACCCCGAGGGAGAGGGACUCCGUCAGUCUGAUAACGGAAAAACACUCCCACGAACGCCACCCAGGAACAUCCAGGUGUACAACCCCACCCCUAACAGCCUGAACGUGCGCUGGGAGGCCGGCUUGGGCCAGGUGCAGCAGUACCGGGUGGCGUACACCCCCCUGAGCGGAUCCAGAGCCCCGGAGUCGGUCCUGGUUCCUGGAAGUGUUACCAAUGCCUUCCUGGAUAACCUGAUCCCAGACACUCCUUACUCUGUCAACGUGACGGCUCUGUACGCUGACGGAGAGGGAUCUCCAGUCAGGGGCAACGGCAAAACACUGCCACGAGGCGGGCCCAGGAACAUGCGUGUUUAUGACGCCACCACCAGCACCCUGACCAUCGGCUGGGACCACGCCGAGGGGCCCGUCCGGCAGUACAGGAUCUCAUACGCCCCCUUAACCGGAGACCCCAUCACCGAGUUUACGACGGUUCCUGGGAACAGAAACAAUGCCCAGCUGCAGAACCUGCUCCCCGACACCCCGUACAACAUCACGGUGCAGGCCAUCUACGGAGAGGGGCCCGGGGGGUCUCUGAAUGGAAACGGACGAACAUUGGGGAUGUUGAGCCCGAGGAACCUGCGGGUCUCUGAUGAGUGGUACACCAGGUUCAGAGUGGCCUGGGACGCCGUGCAAGCUCCCGUGCAGGGCUACAGAAUCAUCUACAAUCCUGCAGGCACAUCGAUGCCCAUGGAUUUCUUCGUGGGUGACGUGACGUCAUACACCCUGCACAACCUGCUGCCUGGCACCACCUACGACCUGAAGGUGGUGGCUCAGUAUUUUGGAGGCAUGAGCGACCCGCUGCCCGGGCAGGGAACGACACUGUACCUGAACGUGACAAACAUUGAGACUUACAACGUGGACCACGACAAGUUCUGCAUCAAGUGGGCUCCUCACAGGGCGGCCACUUCGUACCGCAUCAAACUGAACCCUGCAGACCCCUCCAGUAAGGGUCAGCAUGAGAUCACCAUCCCGGCCGGUCUGCCUCAGCACUGCUUCGACGGACUCUCCCCCGACGCUCUGUACACCGCCACCGUCUUCGUCCAGACCCCCAACCUGGAGGGACCCGGGGUCAGCGCCAAGGAGAGGACAUUGGUGAAGCCCACUCCAGUGCCAACACUCCCACCAACCCCCUCACCUCCACCCACCAUCCCCCCCGCAUGGGCAGUUUGCAAAGGGGCCAAAGCAGAUGUGGUGUUCCUCAUCGACGGGUCCUGGAGCAUCGGAGAGGAGAGCUUCACCAAAGUUGUGAGCUUUGUCUCCGGCAUGGUCUCGGCCUUCGACGUGGUCGGACCCUCAGGGAUGCAGGUGUCCUUCGUGCAGUACAGCGACGAGGCCAAGACGGAGUUCAGGUUGAACGCGUACAGGGACAAAGGCGUCGCCAUGUCCGCUCUUCAUACGAUCCGCUACCGAGGAGGAAACACCAAGACAGGCGUGGCUCUGAAACACACCUAUGAGAAGGCCUUCUCUAUCGAGAACGGGAUGAGGAGGAACGUCCCGAAGGUGGUGGUGGCCAUCACUGACGGGCGCUCUCAGGACGAGGUGAAGAAGAGCGCCGCCAAUCUGCAGCACGCAGGUUACAGCGUGUUCGCCAUCGGUGUGGCCGACGUGGACUUCGUGGAGCUGCAGGAGAUCGGCAGCAAACCGAGCGACAGACACGUGUUCGUGGUGGACGACUUUGAUGCUUUCGACACCAUCAAGGAAAACCUGAUCACCUUCAUCUGUGAGACCGCAACGUCAUCGUGUCCCCUGAUCUACCUGAAUGGAUUCACUUCACCUGGCUUCAGAAUGCUGGAGGCGUUCAACCUGACGGAGAAGAUGUACGGCUCUGUUAAGGGCGUGUCCAUGGAGCCGGGGUCCUUCAACAGCUACACGGCGUACAGGCUGCACAAAAACGCCUUCCUCAACCAGCCCACCACAGAGAUCCACCCUGACGGCCUCCCCCACUCCUACACCAUCAUCAUGAUGCUGCGCCUCCUCCCGGACUCCCCCUCCGAAGCCUUCGACGUCUGGCAGGUGUCGAGCAGCGACCACAAGCCCGAGACCGGAGUCACCAUCGACCCCUCCAGUCAGACGGUGUCCUUCUACAACAAGGACGUGGGCGGAGAGAUCCAGAGAGUCACCUUCGACAGCGAGCCGGUGAAGAGGAUCUUCCACGGAAGCUUCCACAAGCUCCACAUCCUGGUGUCAUCCACCGGCGUCAAACUCAACAUCGACUGCCAAGAAGUGGCGGAGAAGGAGAUCAAGGAGGCAGGAAACACGUCCAGCGAUGGAUACCAGGUUCUGGGAAAAAUGUCCAAGUCCAUCGGCUCCAAGGGAAACUCAGCAACUUUCCAGCUGCAGAUGUUCGACAUCGUCUGCAGCCUGGGCUGGACCAGCAGGGACAGAUGUUGUGACCUGCCGUCGAUGAGAGAUGAGCUGAAGUGUCCGUCUCUGCCGAACUCCUGCACCUGUACCUCAGCGGGCACCGGGCUCCCAGGGACCCAGGGGCCAGUGGGCGCCCCCGGCAGCAAAGGUCCUCGAGGGGAAAGAGGAGAGGCCGGUCCUGCUGGGCCGGUGGGCCCUCGCGGACACAACGGACCCCCGGGGCCCAUGGGUCUGCCCGGCCCUCAAGGACCCAGCGGCCUGUCCAUUCCAGGGGAGGCUGGCCGCCCUGGACCGAAGGGAGAGCUCGGAGACUCAGGAUUACCUGGACAGAAAGGUUCCCCGGGGCCCCGCGGUGCUGUCGGGCCCAUCGGACCAGCAGGAGUCAGAGGCCCACCAGGGAAGGAAGGAACCGCAGGACCUCGAGGCCCAGCAGGGCCCAUGGGACCUCCAGGAACUCCUGGAAAUUCCGGUGGAGUCGGGAAACCAGGAAACCCCGGAGACAACGGCUCGCCUGGCUCCGUCGGUCUAAAGGGAGACAAGGGAGAGAGAGGCGACUUCGCUCCUCAGAACAUGAUGCGAUCCAUCGCCAGACAAGUGUGUGAGCAGCUGGUGAACGCACAAAUGGGUCGAGUCAACACGUUACUGAACCAGAUCCCUAACGGUCAGUACCGCAGCAACAACCCAGGCCCCCCGGGUCCUCCGGGACCUGAAGGCAGGCAGGGACCCCGCGGAGAGCUCGGCGCCGCAGGAAGGAACGGAUUCCCCGGAAACCCCGGAUCACCGGGACAGCCGGGAGAGAGAGGUACUGCAGGAGAGAAAGGAGAGCGAGGACUGUCAGGAGUCGGACAGAAAGGACCUAGAGGACCUGCAGGUCCUCAGGGAGAAAGCAGGACAGGACCCACCGGCCCUUCAGGCUCUGCUGGGCCCCGCGGUCCCCCCGGACGUCCAGGGUACGCCGGUGUGCGCGGACCUCCCGGCCCCCCCGGAUACUGCGACUCCUCUCAGUGUGUCGGCAUCCCUUACAACGGAUACGGAGCAGGCCAGUACCCCCCCGAGCCCGAAACCAGAGUCCUCUCCACCCCCGACGAGGACGAGCUGCAAAACCAGCGCCGGAAGAGGUCGCUACCAACAUCCAGCAGGCUAACGUCAUAAGAGAAGCUCUCCGUUUCCACCUGUGUCUGGAUUCAUGCACACACACACACACACACACACACACACACACACACACACACACACACACACACACACACACACACACACACACACACACACGCACACACACACACACACACACACACACACACACACACACACACACACACACACACACACACACACACACACACACACACACACACACACACACAAAGGGGGUUUGACACCUCGACUUUAUUGGAAAGUACCUUUAAAUGCCCUAAGAGACGUAUGUGAAUAUUCAUUAGUCGUGGCGGGGGACGGGUGAGGAUGGAAGGGAGGGAUCCAAAGAAAAGUCCUUAAAAAAAGCCUGUGAGAUUUCCUGCGUGUCUUUCUGCUUGUACCAUAUUUGCAUCCAUUAACUAGCAGUGUUGAACAGUGCACUCGUUGUAGCAAAGGGAAGGAAGACGUUCACAUCCCAUAAUAUAAUCCAGUUUCAUUACAGCAUUAAACACAGCUUUCAUUUUGUAUCUUAAUAUUUAUCAGUUUUCCUUUAUUCCGUCACAGCUCAUUUUAGCGGAGAGGUGGAGUUGCAUGUCUGUGGUGUAUAUUUAGUACAUGUGUUUUUGUUUCCUACAUUUCAUUUUGUUUAAGCAGAAUAAAGUUGUUGUCCUUCUCGUCGUUGUCUCGGUAUCGAUGCAGCGGAAGCGUGCGUGGCAGACCCUGGAGGGGGUGUUGCUGCUCCAUGCUGGACCUGCAGAUUGUGAAUUCCACAAAGCCUUAUUUUCUUAUUUAUUUCUGAAAACAGAAGAGGCAUUUUUCAAUAAAACUACUGAAAAUCUACAAA